AUGCCACAGACCCUGUUUGCUGUGACGAUGACAUGUGGCGACUGCGCGAAGGACGUCGCAAGCGAACUCUACAAAUUGCCAGGUAUCACAAAGGUGGAAUCCAACCUCGAAGACCAAUCCGUUUCUGUCGAGGGGACGGCCCCUCCGUCAACUAUAGUAAAAGCCAUCCAGUCGACCGGCAGAGACGCUAUUUUGCGCGGCUCGGGAACGUCGAAUAGCGCAGCUGUGAGCAUUCUCGAAACGUAUCACGGGCCUAGCGGAAAGUGUUGCGCCACGGAGGCCGUGGAUGCCGGUACCUCUGCCGAUAACAAGGACCGAUAUGUUCGGGGUCUAGCACGGAUGGUGCAAGUAGCCCCCUCGAUUUCGGUAAUUGACCUAACAGUACAGGGAGUGUCUCCCGGUACCUACUACGCAAGCAUCCGUGAAUAUGGCAAUCUCCAAAGCGGUGCCGUGUCCACCGGGCCGAUUUGGUCCGGGGAAGGCAUCCCGGACGUUAAAGGUUCGGGCCGGCAGCAGCAGACAGCGCACAAGGGCCAUUUGGGCUCCAUCGAAGUUGGGCUUGAUGGGCGGGGGGAGGCUUUCCUAGAGAAGGAGUUUCAGGUGUGGGAGCUUAUAGGGCGGGCCCUAGUGGUCUCACCUUUGGAUGAAUCCAGAGAAAGUGUGGCUCUGCAGAACGACGCGGACACGGUGGUGGGCGUCAUCGCGAGGAGUGCGGGAGUUUGGGACAAUGACAAGACCGUGUGUUCGUGCACGGGAAAGACUCUGUGGGACGAAAGGAAAGACGAGGUGAAAAAGGGCAUGCUGUAG